AUGCAGGAAAACAAGCUCUCUGCAGUGUGUGAGAGAGUCCUUGAUAGGUGUUUGGCGCCAACAACAGCAAGUGGUGAGGGAUGCGACAAUAUGACCAUGAUUGUGGUACAGUUUAAGAAACCUAUCGGCUCCACUGCCUCCGCAGAUGAGCAAUCCUCACUAUCUGAACCCCCUGCUACUGAACCUCCUGCUACCGAAUCUAAACAUGCUGCUAUUGAAUCUAAACCUGCUGCUACUGAACCUGCUGCUGCUGAAUCUAAACCUGCUGCUACUGAAUCUAAACCAGAGGAAACAAUUCAGCUCUGCAAUCCUAUCAGACCUAAUACAUUCAAGCGCAUUGCAGUCAAUAACUGCCUCGUCAGCAGCGGCAAACCACUCUCUUCCGGCUCAAUCAUCUCCUUCUCACUGUUGCCACCUUCAAAUGUUGAAGCAUAUGGAGACAUUUAG